GGCAUGCAGGACGACAGUAUCCUAUGGUAACAGAAACACAAGAUACGUACSGUACCCAUCACAAUUUACUGGCCCCAUYRUUCCUGCAUCAAUCGAUCGUACUCUGGACGAUAGCGAAAGAGCGCUGGGUMCUGUUGCAUCAGCUUCUUUCGACGUAAGAAAAGAGGAAGUCGUAAGAACAGAUUAAACGGCGUCUUGCGAAGCGCCAAUCAAACAGGGCACGGCACGUCAAUAACCAAAUGGAGGACAUCGGCGAAGGSGAGGGCGACAUCGACACCACGGUCGACAUCGACCACGGCGUUGAUGUCAGCGACAACGUCUACGCUGUCGCAAAUGAAAACGAAUUCAAGAAYGUCCCAGGCGGUAGUGGCGAGGUCGACCACCACACUGGUAUUGCAAUGAUAUCCGACUCAGGUAMGUGGAAAGCARACCAGCUUCGGGACGACACGAACGCAAAGCACCGCAGACAAAUAGCAYAAUGCAAAGCGCACCACGUACAGCGGACGUUGUUGGUUGUCUCCCGUAGCGAUCUCUUCGGGUUUCUCGAUGGCAUGUGUUCGUUUCCAACAAGAAUGUUCUCACACUUUUUGAACCAUUUUCAAUGAACAAUAUACUACCACGUGUUGCGUUGAAAGCUGCUCUCGUUGCUSCUGUAGAUGUAGGGGACRCAUCUACUAGCGACGAUCUAGAUCUGGGCAAGAUCUCGGGUAACGACCACGGCGACACCGCUUUGCUACCGGAGAAAAAGAAGAGAAAAGGAACGAAGUCGAAAAAGAAACAGAAACAAAGCAAGAGGUCCAAAAAACCACCGGACGCUCCGAAACGGUUUAAAAGGUAUGUACCGCAACUGACAUMGCAGUAUUUUCUUUUGUAUUCUCGGUUGUGGAUCCAACUUUAUGAAAAAGAAACAACSAAACAAAUCCUCUGUCUACAAUUCUCUUCCUGUUCCUAUUUGCGGUCAUCUGGAUUUUAUCGUUGCAUGCUUAUUUGCCGAUAUUCUGCGUGGUUGCCUCAUACCAUUAAUCGAUUUCAUUAGCUCCUUUAUCUUCUUCUCCAUGGAAAAACACAAGGAAAUAAAAGAAAAACUGGCCAAGGAAAUUGAAAACAAGGUACGCCGCAGACGCUUGAAUCCAGAUCUUUUCUGUAUCCCAGGAACCAUCAAACACRCCAACCAWCUCCCUCUUGGAACGUCUUCUUCGCCGUUCGUGCUUUUCAUUGUAUACUCAAUUGGAUUCAUUGCUUCACAUUAAUCUCAACUAAUGAAUCCAAAUAAUCRUAUUAUUGCUGCGCCUUCCAAACCAAAAACCUUGAUGAAACGCAGACGGUAAAUAUCACCUCGUUGGUAUCAGAGGCAUGGAGAACACUGGAUCCGUUGGAGAGACACAAAUUCGAGGAAAUGGCACGGCAAGACAAGGAACGAUACGACAUCGAGAAAAGCAACUACGUGCCCCCGCCUGGAAUGUUUCUCGACUCGAAGAGGAGACGAGAUCCGAACGCACCGAAGCGUCCCAUGUCCGCCUACCUCUCCUUCGCCAACAAAAUUCGUGGUAAGAUUAAAGCCGAAAACCCRGGUCGCACGAACGGAGAAAUUAGCAAGAUAUUGAGUUCCAUGUGGAAGGGGAUGCCAGCUAAGGAGCGAAAGGAAUACAAGRACAUCGAACAAGCACUCUGGGCAGCUUACAGGAAGAAAAUGGUUGAAUGGAAGAAGAUUAAUGACGGGCGAAAGAAGGAAAAAAAGACCGCCAAGGGGGAAGAUCUGAAGAAGAAACUAGAGCAAUCCGCCAUUGGAUCUAUAGAAUUCCCUGGCCAUGCCGUAGUUGACAACGACGCGGGCGUUGACGAACAACUACUUUGUCUCGGGGGUGUCCCAGGGAUUGACACAAAUCCCAAUACUGACGAAAUGAUGGCCGCGUCUGCUCUGCGCGGGGUGCGGGGAGGGCCCCAGCCGCACGUUGGAGCCGGGAUGGGUGAUCCAUCCAACAACAACAACAACAACAACAACAGCAGCAACAACAUCAAUGGGGGCUAUGGUACUUUCUUGGGAGUCAAUGCUACUAACGGAAUGAAUCCAAUGCUGGCUGGGGCGCAGGUUCCUGGACAAGGRGCCUUUGGACAAAUCGACAUGUCGGGCUUUCCGUACAAUCAGUACAACUAUCAUUUGGGUGGCAACACCCAUGCCAUGAUAAUGGCCCAGCUUAGGGGAGCUCCUCAUCAGCAAUAUCCUGGCUUCUUGCGUGAGUUUAUCCCGUGAAAUAUCGUGUUAUGACUCUGUUGUUUGGUUCUGUUCCGUCACAGCGCCAUGUCGCUUACGGCCACUCGCAUCACUCACAAACAAUUGUUGGGUCAUCUUUGCUUUACAGCCAUGGACCAACARGCGAACCUCUCGCAACUUGCAUCUCUGGCGGGCGUCCAGAACGAUGCCACACAGCAACAACAGGGGCAGAAUCACAUGCACGGAUCAAUGGAUCAAGCGUCUGUUUCGGUUUCAGAAAACGGAAUGGACAUGGGAAUGGGGAACGGGGUCAGAAACCAAACCAUGGGGAACAAUGCUUUGAACGAUGGGUCKAGUGGCAGCAUAGCGUUCUAAAUGAGAAACCAGGGUGUCAUUGGGUAAAUCGAAUACCAGGUACUGCUGCAGGAUCAGAAAACAUCGUCGAUACCGACCUAAGGUAAUUACUACAAUAUAYCAUAACUAUAGUAURYUGUGACGGGAUUGUAUUGCCUGCAAAAGAUCAAUUCAUUGCCCCAAGUAUUGUCUAACUGAUAUGGUUCAAGUCUUCUGCUACACGCAAAGCCUGGGGAACCAUUUGCAUCUUGCACACCCGGAACAUGACAGAACCGUACGGUUUGUGGCUUUCUCCGCAUGCUACGAACUAGUGUACGUCGCGAAACAUGCCAAUAAAAUUCAUAGAUAAAU